AUGAUUAAGUCCGCCAUUGUUUCUUUGAAGGAAAGAAAUGGUUCUUCUCGCCAGGCCGUCAAGAAGUACGUCCAAUCCAAUUACGACGUCAAAGCCCCUAACUUUGAUGCGUUGUUCAACGCAGCAUUGAGAAAGGGUGUUGAUUUGGGUGACUUUGCUCAGCCCAAGGGUCCCUCUGGACCAAUAAAGGUUGCCAAGAAGGAGAAGCCAUUGGCUCCUUCUCCACCAAAGGUCACAAAGAAGGCUCCAGUGAAGAAGGUUGCUGCAAAGACUCCGACUAAAGCUGCCAAGGCUGUCAAGAAAGCCCCUGCUAAGAAAGCUCCUACUAAGAAGGAUGUCCCAACUAAGAAGGAUGCUCCAACUAAAAAGGCUCCAGUUAAGAAAGCUACUUCCAAGGCUACUCCAAAAACCGCGAAGGCCGCUCCAAAGGCUACUAAGGCCGCUCCAAAGGCUACUAAGGCCGCUCCUAAAGCUGCUAAGGCUGCCUCCAAAGGUACUAAGGCUGCUCCAAAGGCUACAAAGGCCGCUCCAAAGGCUGCUACUAAGACUAAGCCUGUUUCGAAGACUACGUCAAAGUCCACUAAAGCUACUCCAAAGAAGGCCACAGCCAAGGCUGAGCCUAAGUCUAAAGUUGAACCCAAGUCCAAAGCUGCACCUAAGAAGGCUGUUCCCUCCAAGGUGACCAAGCCUAAAGCAGCCCCAAAGAAGACUGUGGUCAAGAACGUUGUGAAGAAGGAGGCCCCAAAGACUGUGAAGAAGGCUACCAAGUCUUCUAGGGCCAAGGCUGUCAAGGCCUAA